UUUGAUUUACUUGUGCCUUUGAUUUACUUCCUUCUAGAGUAAUUAGAAACAAAAAGAAAAAUUAUCAGAAAGAGAGAAAAUUCACUCCUUUUCAAAUUUAAACCAUGUGUGUGUCUAUCAAUAGAAACAAAAAUUCAAGAACGGGAGAAAUGAAUAUUUCAUCCUUUUCCCGAAUUUGAAGAAGAAGAAAAUUAGAAAUAGUGAUGCGUACAAAGAGGGCAGAGAAAAUAGAGAGAAGAGAAGAUAAAAAAUGUUAUUUGUUGGUUAUGGAAGUUAAAGAAAAGUAUGGUUUUGGAAAGUAUUAAAGAAGAGUUCUGAAGGGUAUUUUGAGAUUUUCAAAAAAAGGCUACACCAAAAGAGAUGUUUUCCCUUUAUUAAUGUUAUAGAUAUCGGUUAUCGCUGUGCAGAAGUAAGUCCACAAAGACAACACCCACCCGACCCGAUUGAGAUUCGGGCAACCCACAAAAGCAAAACGAGGGAUAGAAAAAACCCUAAGCAUUCCUUUUCCUCCAUCCAGAGGUUUGAUUCCUCUACGUCCGUCCUUUUUGUUCUUGUGCUUUGUAGACGAUAGAACCAAACCAACCAUGAUGAAUAGAACCAUGCGUAUGCAUAAGGAAGCCUUAAAGAGGAAAAACCCUUGGUUUCGAGAAAAUAUUUGGGAACACCUAGACGAACUCAAUCCAGCGUAUUACACGCCGGAUCUUAUGCAUUUAAUAACAAACUCAUCUAGAAAGCGACCAAAGUUCCACAAUAAAGGUGAUAAUGACCAUCUAGAUGUACAUACAAAGAAAGCUGUUCUCAAAGUUUCUUCUUCUAUUGUUGCUCUUUUAUCUUAUACUGGGGAGCAGGAGUUGACUCAAUGUUCUGGCGUCAUCAUUGAAAACAAUGAUGACAAUAAUGGUCAUAUUGUUUUGACAUCCGCCAAUCUCAUUCGUCGUCCUACUAAAGAAGACGUUAUGGAAGAUAAGUUGGCUGAUGCUCUUAAGGUUAUGAUAUACUUGUAUGAUGGUGGAUCAUACCAGGGAGAAGUGCGUGCCUAUGAUUUCCACUAUAAUAUUGCUUGGAUACAGUUUCGGUCCCAUUCAUCCCUUGCUACUGCAAAGUUAAGACUAGUGGACGAUUACAUCAAUGUUAAUCCGGAUGAGGAGAAGUCAUUUGACCUUCGACCACAGUCUAGCCAUUUUAACUUUGUUCCUGGUCAUCCAAUAGUUGCUGUGGGGCGUUAUUUUGCUAAGCCGUUUGACGUCAUGGCUGCUCCCGGUGAAUUCACUCUUGGUCGCUGCGAUUUUGACUGUAAGGAGCUCUUCAUGGGGACUUGCCAGACCACCAGAUGUGGUGAGGGUGGCGCACUUAUAAACCUUUCAGGAGAAGUAAUUGGCAUUAUAUAUUACUAUGAAUAUGGUUUUACUACCCCAUUUAUGCCUAUAAAUAUAGCUAAAAAUUGCUGGGAGCAUUACAAAAGAUAUGGGGAACUCCGGCGACCUUCUCUGGGAGUUUAUGCUACAAACUUUUACACAGCUGAAAUAUAUUUCAUAGAAAAGGUUAUUCAAAAGAAUCCGAGUAUUUGCAAUGGAGUUUUUGUUGAGAAGGUAAUUCAAGGAUCUUCUGCUGAUUUGGCUGGGCUGCAUUUUAAUGAUGUAAUAGUUCAGUGUGGCGGAAAAACAGUUCGCAGUUUCUUGGAGUUUUUGGAAAUGGUGUGGGAUAAGAAGGUUGGAGACGUGUUACAAUUGUCUGUGGUCCGAGCAUCUCAAGAUGAUCCCAUAGAUGUCAAUAUGGUGGUUGAUGAAGUUGCUAUCGAAAAAUUUAAUCGUUGGCCAAGGAACCUUUGAACCAGUGAGCUGAUGAGUUUUUUUGUUCAAAUCUAUUUAUAUCCUUAUUGCACUGGGCUCUUAAGCUGUGGAGUUCGAACUUCGAAGUACCAUGUUCAUGCUGAAAUACACUACCAAUCUGUUUAUUUGGCCUAAAAUAACCGUUCAUGAUGUUUUGAGAGGCCCAUCUAACAUGGACUUAAUGUUUAAGCGUAUAUAUAUGCUCACUUUUAAGUUAUUUUGCUUCUUAUUUAAAUCAAUUUUAACUAUUAUGUUUUGCAAAUACAAAUUAUAUGCAGAGACAUUUGAUGUGUUAGAUUGGGA